AUGUCGAGGACGCCGUCGCAGCAAUGUGGGCACACCACACCACCAGACAGGCCCUACGUCAACAUCAACUCAGUAUCUCGCCCACACCACCCUGACCCGAUGCCUGUGGCAUAUCAUCAGCCGUACCCGCGGCAUGAACCCCGACACUUCCUCCCGCCGGAACUGCACUACGAACGACCCACGCUGACCACACCACCGGGUCCUCCUCGGCUUCCAUCGCUGGGACAGCUACCUGAAAGCAGCGUGGACCCGAGAUAUAUGGUAUCCUCAGAUCAUGGUUACAUGAACCGGCCGUUGAUGCCACAGGCGCUCCCGUUGCGAAUGCAUCACCACAGCCCUACCGUCGGCGAUCCCCGCGGGUAUCCUGGACCUGGCCCUAGCCCUGCGUCGUAUGGAGAACUAUCGAGUCCUAUGUUGAGCCAUGGCGGCGAUUACGCUCGCCAUCGGGUGCGGACACACGACCUGGAGUCCCAGUAA